AGUUUUGCUCACUUUUUGAUCUCAUUUGACGUCAUUUUUGUGUCAAUAAAUCGAUUUGUCUGCGCAUGCGUUGUGUCAUUGCUUUGUCUGAAAUGUCGGAAAAAAGAGACAAUUCUUCGAUUGCGGACUCGUCUGAAGCCGUCGGCGACAGUAAGACUCGCAAACGUAAGAUAUAUACGGACGGACAGAAAUGGACGCGACUGACGGGCGCACCCGCUUGGGACUUGUCUUCAGAGGAUUCGAUUCAGAACUUUACGGGUCGUUGUCGUCUUUUUGUGGCCAAUUUGCCGCAAUCUGCUUCCGAAGAGUCGUUAAGAGAAUUGUUUUCGACUUUCGGACAAAUUUCGGAUAUUUUUAUCGGAAAAGGAAAUCAAUUCGCUUUCGUAAAAAUGGACACAAAAACCAACGCCGAAAACGCAAAACAAGCCAUUGACGGCAAAUCCAUUGACGGACGCAAUCUUCGCGUGCGUCUGGCCGCCCACGCAGCCGCAGUCAAGGUCUCUCAACUGCCGCCUCACGCGUCCAAUGAAUUGCUUCGUUUGGCGUUCUCGGCUUUCGGUCCGGUCGAGAGAGCCGUCGUCUCGGCAGACGACAGAGGACGAUCGCUUUCCGAAGGAUUCGUCGAAUUUGCGCGAAAAAGCUCGUCUCAAGCGGCGCUCAAGAAGUGUCAAAACGAAUGUCUUCUCAUGUCUUCAACGCCCAUUCCUGUUGUCGUCACUCCUCUUGAAUCUCGGGACGACGAAGAAGGGGUUCCCGAGAAAAGCGUUCUUCACGCUCCCGACUAUCGCGUCGAACGGGAAUUGGGUCCGCGCUUCGCGGAACCGGGAAGUAUGGAGUGGGAGAUGGCGCGGAAGUGGAAACAAUUGUCGGAAAUCGAGACUCAAAGACGGGAAGCGUUGGAAUCGGAAAUUCGGGAUUUAAGGGACUCUUUGAGACAACAAAUGGAGUUCUUGAGAGUGGAAGAGACGACAAAACAAUUGAGAGAACAAUUGCGACAAAUGGAAACCGAAAGUCAAAAGUUAUGCGAAGAAAGAGAACAGCGUUUGGCGGAAGAGCGCAGACGCGAAGAUCAGCGAAGACAAACGGAACAAAUGCUGAGAUCUCAAGAAGAACAACUUCUGCGCAGAAACCAGGAACAGGAUCUGGUGGGACUGCGGCGGCAAGAAGCCGAACUCAGACAACAAGCGAAUGCUUUGCAACAACUUCUCGAUCGACAAGAAUCCGCUUUAAGACAAAUGGGCGCUCAGGAGGCAACCAUCGGAGGGCCCCAGACCCCCGCCAUGGACGCGGCUGCACAUGCGCAGAUGCAACAAAUGGCGGCCUUUUCCGGCCAAAUGUCGAAUCAGUUUGUCGGACAAAUGACACCUCUUCGUCAACCUCAACCUCAGCCUCAAUGGUCAGGCGGAAGAGGAGGGGGAGGCGGAGGAAUGGGAUCUAAUAUCGGAUCGAAUAAUGGAAUGCAUUUUAAUAAAAGAAAUCGAAGAUUUUGAAGAGAUUUUGAAGAUUUAAGAGAUUUUAAUCCAAA